AUGUACCAUUAUCUCGGAGUAGCAGCUCAUCCACUCCUGUACAAAUUAAACGAAGUAUAUAAUGUUAUUUCAAGGCAGUUUGGACAAGCGACAGUGUUUAACGAGCCAGUUAAUUAUACCUUCGAAGUCGAGUUGGAUGCGGAGCUAAUGGACAUCGCUUCAAGCAUUCCACAAUUAGCCGCGAUAGAAAAGCGAUUAAAGACAAGUUCCGUGAACUUUCCAAAUUUCUCAUUUGGCCGAUUGAAUCAGCUUCUGGUUACUAUUGGGAAAUAUGCAACAUAUAUUUAUGUACAAGACAUAAGCAGUUAA